UCUGCACCGCAUUACAGUCUUUGCUAAUGUUCAGUGUCAUUUUUUAGUGCAGAAUAUUGCUACAUUUCCGCGGGCGUAAAAAAUACGACGGAAAACUUUGCAAAAUCGUCUAUAAGUGCAGUGGAAUAAGUGAUUUUCUGAUAGUGGGUCUUAAAAGAGUGCUUCAUUUGAGUUUCAUUAUUUAUGUUUGAAAUGCCCUUUAGAGGUUCUAGAUUCCGCGGCUUCCCGUUUGAUGAGGACGAAGGCAGCGGCGCGUGGAGCGAACUCGCGGCGCGGCACCCCGACAUAGCGGCGCGACUCCGCCAGCGGCCGGCCACGUGGGCGAGGAAACGCAGGCCCUCCAGCCAGGACGCGACUGACGAUUUUGGAGACAGUUUCGGCGGCUUCGACAGAUUCCCCUUCGACGACAUACCGCCAGAGUUCAGAGAGCACUUCCCCUCACAUUGGAACAGGAGGUUCGGUUCCCGGGAGGAGCAGCCUCCGUCGCCGACACAGCCGCAAUCGCCUCAGCAGCAAACCGCGGCCACACAGACUGAACAGAACCCCGGACCCUCACAGACAGAAGAGCAGCAGCUACCACAAUACGGAUUAAGGAACACAGUCGAUCUCGGCCAAAAGAGCCCAGCUGAUCCCAGUCUAGUUGAUGGUGAAGACAGAACACACAGGUCGAUGUCAGCGCCGCCCGAUAACAGAACAGCGAACAGCAGAAUGAGUGGACACCCGCAGGAACACUCGCCUCAGCAGGAGCAAUCCUCUAACGUUAGACAUAUACCUAUAUUCGUAGAAGGCAGAGAUGAGCCAGUGAUAAAUAAGAACGUCGAUCAUGGAACUCACUUCGGUGAAACGAAGCAGACCUACGUACCUCCCCCGCAACCUCACGUCGAUAGAGAACAGUAUUUCGCCGAUGACACUCCACACGGCUUCCACCAUCCUCCGAACUUCUCCAGAUCCUUCGGCACGCCGUUCAACAAAGGCUUCAGACAGGGACCUCAGCCGUUCACUCAACAGAAGAUGUACCCACAGAAUGCAUUCGCUAGAGGCGCGUCGCCGCAGAGAUCGCAAUCUCCCAAACCGCAGAUGCACCCAGAAGAGCAUUUCGUGAAAGUGCCCGUGUAUCACGACCAGGCUGCACCUCCGUCCAAGCCACAGCCAAAGCAGCCUUCGCCCCAAAGAGCCACCCAGUCUCCGCCGCAGCAGGCCGCGCCGCCACAGACGCCGCCGCAGGCAGCGCCCCAGGCGCCCCCACAAAAACCUGCCCCCAACGACCCGAUCACAUUGAUCCUCAGUAUUCAAACCGACGUCCUCAACCUCAUGACCGAGGUCGAAAACUUCACCGGCACCAAAAAAGACAAAAAGUAUCUAUACCUAGAUGAGAUGUUAACCAGGAAUCUCAUAAAGUUAGAUAACAUAGAAACGGACGGCAAAGAGAACAUCCGGCAGGCGAGGAAGGAGGCCAUCAAGUGUAUCCAAAAAUGUAUAGCCGUGUUAGAGGCCAAAGCUGAAAAGGGUAACGCGACUCCUCAACCACAGGAUGUAGAAAUGCAGGCUGCAGAUGAAAAGGCGGCCGAACACGAAUCUGUACAAAAUGGGGAUGUUGACAUGAAAGAGGAGAACAAAGAAGUCAAUGAGGAAGCUAAAGUGGAUCAGCAGCCGGCACAGGAAGUCCAGAACGUUCAAGAAGCGUCUAAUGCUGAGUCUGCAAAACCUACGGAAGCUGAAAACAAGCCAGACGCUGAUAAAUCUGAGCCUACUGCACCCGAGCUUGCAGCUGCGACUGAUAUUAAACAAGAGCCAGCUAAAGUUGAUUCUGAACCAGCCAAUGAAGCAACACAACCACAAGUGGCGGAUACACGGCCAAAAGACACUAAAACCCCCGAACCAGAUACAAAGCCGAAUGAACAAAAAGAAGCCACUGAAAAGAAAAGCCCCAAAAAGGUAACGAAAGUCGUAAAGAAGCGCGACAAGAGCAAAGACAAGAAUGUUAAAGACGUCAAAGAGACGGCGAACCAGGAAACGGCGAAAGAUAACAAGGAAGCGGAGAAAAGUAGUGUAGAUAACGAAAAGGAUAGCAAUAAGCAAGAAAAUGUAGAUAAAAUAGAGACAAUGCAAGUAGACGCUAAGGGUGACAAGGAAGCGAUGGAAGUAGAUGGUGCUGCUAGUCAAUAAAUUUAGUUUGCGUUAGUGAAUUUUUGUAGAUACAAGAAUACGGCGCACGGUCCAUCCGAUAUCACCCUUUGCCUGCGCUUGUCACCAGUGUUGCAACACAUUGUUUAUGUUUGUAAAUUAUAAGUUUUUAUUAUUGUGACGCAGAUGCUAUCCGCUAGGAUUUGAUGGUCUCCUGUUAUUUAAAUCCUAAUAUUUAAUAAUUUAUUGUUUAUCGCAUGUGAUAACAACAUUUUCUCAAUAAACUAUGAAUUUGCA